CUUUUGAGGUGGGCGAUUUGGUGAGAACAGAGAGUUUGAUCAGGAGGGUGCGGGGAAGGACCAGCGUCCCGGGCGGGGCUGCAUGUGACGGAUGUGUUUACCGGCAAGAGGACGUCUGGGAGCUCGUGGGAGACGGCUUUCGCAGGGAGCCAAGGGUCGGGCCCUUAUAGCCACAUCCUGGAAGGAAAAACCCAGACUCCUGCAUCACGGCGGAGAUGAGGAUGCUCGUGGAGGCUCAGCAGCUCAGGGUGCCUCGCUCGGCCGUCCUGCUCCUGGGGCUCGCGCUGGGCACUGCAGCCCGGCUCGACUGUGUCGGGAACACCUACCCCAAAGACGGCAGGUGCUGUAGCGAGUGCCCGCCAGGUUAUGGGAUGGAGAGCCGCUGCAGAGCCAACCAGGACACCAAGUGCCGCCAGUGCCUGGCCGGCUUCUAUAAUGAGGCCAUGAACUACGAGCCAUGCAAGCCCUGCACACAGUGCAACCAGACUGUGCCUGCCUACCUGACCCCCCCUCAGGAAGUGGGAGUGAGACCAAGCAGAGGUGCACACCCACGCAGGACACGGUCUGCCGCUGUAGUCCGGGCACCGAGCCCCAGGAUGGUUACGAUCUCGGAGUUGACUGUGCCCCUUGCCCACCGGGGCACUUCUCCCCAGGUGACCACCAGGCUUGCAAGCCCUGGACCAACUGCACCUGGACUGGAAGGCGCACCUUGCGGCCAGGCAGCCAAAGCUCAGAUGCUGUGUGUGAGGACAGGAGCCCCCCAGCCACCGUGCCUCGGGAGACCCAGGGCCCCCCAGCCCAGCCCCCCACCACGCAGCCCACGACAGCCUGGCCUGGGGCGUCACAGGGGCCCUUCACACCCCCUCCACAGCCCCCCAGGGGUCCCCAGCUGGCCGCUGUCUUGGGCCUGGGCCUGGGCCUCCUUGCGCCCGUGGCGGCCGCACUGGCGCUGCUCCUGCACCACAGAGCCUGGCGGCUCCCCCCUGGUGGAAAUAGCAUCCGGACCCCCAUCCAAGAGGAGCAGGCUGAUGCCAACUCCUCCCUGGCCAAGAUCUGAGCAGCCAGGGCCCCCACCCCAGGCCAGGGGCCCAGAGGGUCUGCUCGACCUUGAGAAGCAGUGGGGGAGCCCCCAGGCGCAGGCCGCCACACCCCACGCCCACCACCCACCCGGCGCCGUUUUAGGUGCCCCAGGGCUCUGCUACGUAUGCUGUGUGUACUCCGUGCCCAGGGUGGUGCCCCCCCCAUAAAUGACAUUGGCACAUGUGGGUCUCUGACUGGGCACUGGUGGGCUGUGGUGUGAGGGGUGGCGGGGGCCAGCGCUGUACCCACCUCUGGCUGGAGAGGGGCUCAAGCUGACCACUCAGAGACCCCGGGACCCCUGCCCUCACUCCUUCUCUGGGCCCGUCUCAGCACCUGUGGUGGGGCAUGGAGGCCAAAAUCCGCAUCCUGGCUGGGGGGUUGGACACCCCAACAGCUUGUUGGGGGAAUCCAAGAGCUGCUCCUCCCAGACCCUAAGCCCAAGUGGGCCUGAGGCACCCCCAGUGCUCAGAGCAAUAGGACGCCUGAGGCUCUGGCCCCAAAGGGGACUCUUGAGAGCGCUCCUUCAGGUCUGUGUGCUCCCCUGAAGGAGGGCGCUGAGGAGCUGUUCGCUCCUCCCCGAGGUCUCUUGAACCCCCUGCCUGCCAGCCUGCGUGUGUGUCCCUGAGAUCGCACUUUGGGAAACGAGAGGCUUCCGACGGGGCGGUGAUUGCACGGCAGCUUUCUGUGAAAGGCCCCAAGUUAGAAAACAUCCAAACGCCUGUCGACAGUACUGUCCCACUGACCUUAGCGUGCCCUCCAUGACCAUGGGGCCUUCCCCUGUGGAGCGAGUGUCCUUCACGGCUGUGGGGCGUCCUGAGCCAGCAUGACACGGAGCCCUGGUUUUGGCAGCGCCUCAGCUCCGGCCACCUGCCUUCCUUGCUCCCUGGGCCGUCUUUCCCAGAGGCCUGCCAGCCUGUCUUCAAAUCUCGUGCUGCUCCGGCCCUGGCCUGAACACCACCACGGGGAGACACCAGGUCCCCGUGGUCUUCCGGCGUGGGACCCAGCAGGGAGCAAACCAAUGUAAACCAUGCCCUUGAACAGACAGCAAAUCCACAGCGUUGAUUUGGGGAUCAGGGGUCCCCAGGACAGCAUGGAGGCUAUGGAGGAGUGCUGUGGGACCUGGUGGAGGGACCAGGGUGGGGACAUGGGUGGGGCCACACCCGUGGGGCCCAGGGCUUUCCCUCCACACCCCUCAGCUCUUCUCCCAGCAGGACACCAUCUCUGCCAUCGGUUGGAAAGGUGGACAGAGUCACCUUCUCUACCCUCAGCAUACUCUCCAACCCCUCGCCCCCUACCUGUCUGCCGAAGAGCCCCAGACUUUCUCUGCCCGGGCCCUGCCUGGCCCCCAAGCCUGGGCGUUGAGCUGUGACCUCCCACAGGCCCCGGAGGCCCCCGCUCAGCGCAGAGCCUGGUGUGUCCCCAGCUUCCUUCUCCCACACGGCCCCUCCUCCACGCCCCCGCCUGGCUCCCCAUCCGGCCCGCUGUGGGCGCAGGGAUGGAGUGGCUGCGGGCUCCCCGUCUCCACGCCACCCCCCGCCCCUUUCUGGUUGCUGCCAGGCUCCCCGAAGGGCCCGUGUGUGCGCUGGGACAGGCGGGCGGGCUGCCCUUCGAGAGUCGGAAGGUGCAGAUGAGCAGAUACGGCUUCUCUCCUCACUGCCCAGUUACGCAGCCUAUGACUGGGGGCGGGGGGUGGGGGCUUCCGGAGGGGCUGGAACAAGAAAGCAGACACAGACACUGACAUUUUGGUGACGUCACUCUUGCCUUUUGAGGGGCUUGCUCAUCAGCCACUGUCUCCGUGGGCACGACGUGAUCUGGCCCCGCGGCAGCCACAGAAAACCCUUCUCCCCACUCAGGCCCCUGUGGUGGACAUUUUGUGCACAGAGCUCCUGCUCAGCCACCUUCACCCCUCCUCCACAAUAAACUGCUUCCAGAAGUUUCUAA